UUGUACGUGGUGCAGUGAAGUCAUCCAGAGGCAAAAUGACAGACAAACAGGGAACCCCAGACCAGCUGCCUGCAGAGAAGGGCCAAGGAGGGGCCGGAGCCACAUAUAAGUUGGCGGUUUUUGAGUUUGAGAACUUUCGUGGAAAGAAGGUGGAGAUAUCUGGUGAAUGUAAAGAUGUGAUGGAGAAGAUGCAGAGGGUUGGCUCGAUCAUCGUUGAGUCGGGACCAUGGGUGGGGUUUGAGCGUCCAGCUUUUGCAGGAGAGCAGUUUGUGCUUGAGAAAGGAGAGUAUCCUCGCUGGAGCACCUGGACCAACUGCCUGAGCAGCUACAGCCUGAACUCAUUCAAGCCUCUGAAAGUGGACAGUGCAGAUCAUAAGAUUCACCUGUUUGAGAAUACAGUCUUUGAAGGUAGAAAGAUGGAGAUUGUUGAUGAUGACGUCCCCAGUCUGUGGGCUUAUGGCUUCCAGGACCGUGUGGCCAGUGCUAAGGCCAUCAAUGGAACGUGGGUGGGAUACAUGUAUCCAGGCUACAGAGGGCACCAGUAUGUGUUUGAGCAUGGAGAUUUCAAGCACUGGAACGAUUGGGGAGCCACUGCACCUCAGAUCCAGUCCGUCCGACGUGUGCGGGACAUGCAGUGGCACAAGAGAGGGUGCUAUAUUGCCCCUGCCCCUGCUCCUGCACCUCCCAAUCCCACCCCCAACCCCAAACCCAACCCCACCCCUAACCCCAACCCCAAUCCAAACCCCAAUCCCAACCCUGCUCCCAACCCCAAAUCCCAAACUCAACCCCAACCUUAACACCAGCACCUCCUACACCACUGGGGGCAGGCUAAAGGCAGCUGGCCGGUCCCCAAUCUCUCCACUACACCCCCUGUUA